AUGGAGAGCAUGAUCAUUCCAAAGGGCACCACACAUGCCAUUCUCGCGGAGGUCGGAGAGGAGGCUGCUGGGGAAGAGAAAGAAGUGUUCAGAAACCUGUUCGCUGCAGGAGGUCCAGGGGAGACCAAUACGCACGCCUUGACGCAGAUAUUCUACCACGGCGACGGAUACCCCGUGUUCUGGGCGGUGUCCAUUUCAUUGGACAAGCAGUACAUCAUCAAGAUUCUGGAAAAUCGCAUCGAGCUGUUGUUUGGCUUCAAGUUGAAGUGA